AUGGCAUUCUCCUCGAGCCAUUUUUGGAAGACCGUCUGCGGCUUUCUUCCCAUCCUCUCUUCCGGUCUCAUUCAUGCCUCUAACGCUGCUUCCCUCGACCCUUCAAAACCCAACAUCAUCUUCAUCAUCACCGACGACCAGGAUGUCCGUACUAACACACUGGACUACAUGCCGAAGCUUCACGCCUCUAUAGCUGAGCAGGGUGUUUCGUUCACUCAUUUCUACGCGCCUGUUUCGUUGUGCUGUCCCUCGAGAGUAUCGCUGUUGAAGGCUCAGUUCGCACAUAAUCACAAUGUGACUUACGUUUCGGGUCCAUAUGGAGGAUGGGAGACUUUCUGCGACCUAGGACACAAUAACGACUAUCUGCCUAUUUUCCUACAGGAGGCAGGAUAUGAGACAUAUUACACGGGAAAGCUGAUGAACGGCAUGAAAACCACAAAUAUCCAAGAACUCCCAGCCGCCGGAUGGACAAAUGCGGAUUUCCUGCUUGACCCGAACACCUACCUCUUCUAUAACGCGUCUUUCUCUGCAAACGGCGAAGCUUCGAUCAACUACGAAGGCGAAUACCAGACCGCCCUCAUCCAGCAAAAAUCCACAUCCAUGCUGCAACAAGCCCUCGCCUCGCCUUCCCAGCCCUUCUUCCUCGGCAUCGCGCCCACAGCGCCACAUCUCGAAGUCCAGUUCAAUGGCUCGUUUACCGAACCACUCCCAUCACCAGAAUACGCAGGAUCAUUCAAUGACAGUAUAGUACCGAGGUCGCCGAAUUACAAUGUCCCGGUGGGAGGUCCGGGAGGCGGAGUUUCGUGGUUGAAGGAGCUGCCGGAGUUGAACGACACGGUGGUGGAUUAUAUCGAUCAUGUGUAUCGUCAGAGGUUGAGGUCUCUGCAGAGCGUAGAUGAUCUCGUGGAGAACAUCGUUCAACAAGUCGAGGACGCAGGGAUCGCGAACAACACCUACAUCAUCUACGUGGCUGAUAACGGUUACGCCCUCGGUUCUCAUCGCCGUCAACCAAGUAAAACACUCCCUUUCGAAGAAGACGUUCUCAUCCCCCUCUUCAUCCGUGGUCCUGGAAUCACACCCAACACGACCAACUCCGCCGAUGUCUAUUCCAUGCCCGACCUUGGAGCUACGCUCCUCAGUCUCGCAGGUGCCACGACAAAUUACACCAUCGACGGGCGACCGAUAUCGUUCACCGAGACGAACGAUACGACAUGUGGAUUGAGUGCUAAUGAGACGGUGCAGGAGCCGAGACAUACGAUUACGGAGUAUUGGAAUAUCGGAGCGUUCGAGGGGAACUAUGCUGGUGAGUCCAAUACCUAUGCGAUGGAGAGAGAGACGGAGAGCAAGAGAGAAAAGAUCCAAGGCGGUGCUGACAAAGGGUGCUUCUUACUUUCGUUUAUAGAUAAGACCUACUCGAAUGGCGGCUUUGUGAACCAGACAUACCGUUCAUUGCGCGUGAUUGAUGGCGAAGAUGAAUGGGUGUAUGGAGUCUGGUGCACGGGCGAGCGGGAGCUGUUCAACCUCAAGACUGACCCAUACCAACUCACCAACCUCGCCAUCAACUCCAACUCCUCUUUCUCAUUCGCCACCGUAGACGACACAGACUACACCCCGCUCGCCACCCGGCUCGAUGCCCUUCUCCUCGUGCUUCGCCGUUGUUCUGGAAAUGCAUGUCUCUCACCCUGGUCCUUCAUAUUCCCCGACGGGGAGGUCCAAAAUCUAGAUGGGGCGUUGGAUGAAGCGUAUGACGACUAUUUCGAGGGGUUGGAGAAGUUCGGGUACGAUGAGUGCAGGCUCGGGUUCUUUGAGGAGGUGGAGGGGCCGGAGUGGACGGAUGCUUUGGCCUAUACGGCAUAA